AUGGCUGGAAAUAGAACCUACGACGAGUGCUCCAUCUGCUUAUCUCUACCGACAGAUCCGCAUAUCUUGCCAGCCUGCAAGCAUUACUUCUGCGGAGCGUGCAUCAAUAACUUGCGUCCGAUCGAUGACGAGCUGCGGUGUCCCAACUGUCGCGCGAUUUUCACGCAAGACGAAAUCCACCCAUACAUUCCACCGGAGAAGAACGCCAAGUACUGUCUGGACCUGGAGUGCUCUCCAGACAGCGGCUGCAAGAAGCUCCACAUUGACAACUUCUUCACAGACCAACCCGCCACCGAGUACGUGCCACCACCACCGCCUGAAGAAGCACCAAGGCCAGCGACCCCAGAGACGUGGAAACCGCCGCCGAAGGCCAAGUACUGCUUCGACGUCUGCUGUCCAGGCGGGCUGGAGGCGACGUGUGGAAGGAAACACGAAAGUGACUUUGGACUUGCUUGA